AAAGAUUGCCAUGUGAUUGCUAGCACCACUCCUUGAGCUGAGAACAUUUCUCUUUUAAGAAGAUCUAAGAUCUUUUAAUCAGAAUUUACUUCCCUUUCUUACCACUCAUUGCUUUUCUGUGGCUUCUGCAUAAAUAGCACUUGGGUCUUGCAUCAAGUUUUUGGGUUUUUCCUUUCCACUAACAAAACUAAAAGUUGUGAGCAACAGCAAGCAGAAGAAAAUACUGAACACACCAGAAGGCACACAAGCUGAGUUUCUUAGGCUAUGCCAGUGAAAAGGCUGAAGGGGCACAAGAAAUUGGGAGAAAGCAGAGCCAGGACAGCUGAGGGGAUAUUCCAUACCAUAGAACAUCACGCUGAGUAUAUAAGCUGGGGGGAGCUGGCCAGGGCCUGCUGAUUGCUGCUCAGGGUCUGGUUGGGCAUCCAUCAGUGGGUGAAAGACGGAGAGCCUGACUCUAGACUAUGAAUAUUUCCAAGAUGGCACUAGAUGAAAAUUUCACUAACUCCUUCAACUGUACGAUUGACAGCUUCAAGCAAGUCAUUUACCCCAUCAUGUAUCUCUCUAUCUUCUUCUUGGGUGCUGUUGGAAAUGUCCUUUCCAUUUAUGUUUUCUUCCAGCCUUCGCAGAAGAAGACCUCAGUAAACAUUUACAUGCAGAACUUAGCUGUUUCAGAUCUCAUGUUUGUGAGCACUUUGCCCUUUCGGGCCACAUAUUUCCUGCUGGGAUCACGUUGGAUAUUUGGUGAUAUCAUCUGUAGGAUCAUGACUUACAGCUUGUACGUGAACAUGUACUGCAGCAUUUAUUUUCUCACCGUGCUCAGUGUGGUUCGUUUUAUAGCCAUUGUCUACCCGUUCAAACACUGCAAAGUAACCAACAUGAAGUAUGCCAGGAUAAUAUGUGCAGCCAUAUGGGUCUUCGUGCUGGCAGCCUCCAGCCCUCUGUUAGACAAGGGAAUUGCUGGGUACAGCAACCCAGUCAAGUGCUUGGACCUCCACCCCUCCAGCACACACAGGCUUCUGAUGAUGAACAGUUUUGUCCUCAUCGUGGGCUUUGUUCUGCCAUUUUGCACAAUCAUUGUCUGCUACAUCUUUGCCAUCAAAGUGUUGCUCAAGUCCAAGACUCCACAGCGCAAGAAGGCAGUCUGUCACAAGAAGGCACUGUCAACCAUCAUCAUCACUCUCAUCCUCUUCCUCCUCUGUUUCCUGCCAUAUCACAUCCUGCGAACUGUCCACCUGAUGCACGGCAGCUGCAGCUGGGCCAACCUGCACAAAGCAGUGGUGGUCAGUCUCUGCCUUGCUGCCAUGAACAGCUGCCUCGAUCCCAUCCUCUAUUACUUUGCCGCUGAAAACUUCAAAGCAAGAAUCAGAAGUUUGUACCACAGGUAGCUGAUGCAGAAUUGCAAAAUUAUAUAUGUAUAUGCAGUCCUGAUGGGACAUCUAGACAGAGUCCAUUCUAUCCAAUGACAGAGGCUGUGUGGUGCUAGCCAGCCUGUGGCCGUGCUGCUCAGCAACAGGCAUUUCUCGAGCAAAAGUGUCUUAGAGGGAGCUCAUUGGGGAUGGCCAAAACUGAGGCAGGAUGAUCAGAGGUCAGGUCCCUGGGUGUGAUCCCUGGUCCUCUUCUAUUUAGCAACGUAGAUAUACCUCUAGUGUUCACCCUCCCCAGGACAAGGAAUUGAAAUGGAUUUACCUUGCUACUAGAGGACUUUUAUUUCAUUUCACAAUACUCAACCAGAGACUUGAAGGCAAACGGCUCACCUGACCACCUCAGUGAUGGCAUCUGAACCUCUCUGUGCUCCGCUUCCCUCUGUGUGCAGAGGUGCAUGGAUCAGACACUGUGACACGCAACAGAUUCAUAGCACCCUGUCAGUUCCCUUUGCGAACAUUGGCUAAAGAUUUGUGCAUAACAGAAAUGUAAAGCAUCGCUGGUACUUUCUGCUGAGAGCCAAACAGGAGCUGGCAUCGGCUCAAGCUCAGGCUGUUCAGAAGGCAUUAAUAUUUCUAAAUUCUCUGCUCUGAGGAGGCCACCAAGGUAUUUUGCUUAACAUUUCACUGAUUAUCAAGUGAGAUAAUGAUUUCAAAAAAACCCAGCAUCAGCGUGGAGUCCUAUGAGUAAAAUGACUGCUGGCAGCAAGGGCAGGAUGUGGGCACGUGGAACACCAGGCUGCACCCUGCAGCUGCUCACGUCUGUGCCGAUUCCUUCAAGGUCAGCACGUUUGGGCUUAUGCUCAUCAUUGCCAGUGCUCUUCUGAAAGCUGAGGUUAGGCAGCUCGGUUCCCAUGCAGGGAUCCAAAGACAAACUUUAAAAUUAUUUUGGUCCAAACAGGUAGCUACAGAGUGGCUUCCUCUGCACAGGUAAACCAGCCUGACAGCAAAUUGCUGCUAAAGGCAUCCCUAAUCCCUCACUUCCCGACUGCUCCCAGGAGGAGCAGAUCCCUUUUUUCCCUAGGAUUAAUUUCCAGUUGCUUUGAACACCCUGACAUUAAACAUGCACCAAUGCAAUGGGGAAAGCAGUAAGGCAGGAACAGGAGGAAAGAUGGGCAGCAGAGGAGGCGGAGGAGGAGGAGGGAGGCUGUUUUGGAAAGCAAUGGGGAGCUACACCUAUGUGUACUUUGGAAAAAUCUCACCACGUGGCUGCUUGCAUUUUUAAGUCUCUGAAUAUUUUCUAAAAUACAUUUCCUAAAAAUCAGACUGCUUGCAAUUCAGUGAAAACAGGCUCCAAACUCAGUCUGACCACAUUUAGAAUUUGGUUUUAUUUACUUCAUUUUUAUGUCAUUUUAAUAAAAAAAGACAAGAAGUUUUGUCAUAUUUUCCAGGAAAGCAGCCUGUCCCAUAUGAAAACUAACAAAAAUGCUGAAGGCCUUCCCUCCCUAGGAAGUCCAUCCAGACUUCUGUCUGUGAAAAUAUUUUCUCAAUGCUCUGAACUUCUCCAGAGAAAGCACUUUAUAAACUGAACACCCCAAACACAUUUUUUUGGGUUUUGUUGUUGUUGGGGUUUUUUUUGCUCCCAAACAAAAAUAACUGUAGCUAGCUAUUUUCAGCUCUGUCUGAAAUAUGUAGAAAACAAAUCAUUGCUGGUCAGGUGAAAAAGUACUUGACAUCACUGGGGAAGUCACAUUUUUCUUGGUUAUCUAAGGCUUAUGUUCAAUUGCAGAGUCAAUCUAUUUUGCUCACUUUGUGCUGCUUUGAUGUAAGCACUAAAUUUUAUCGUAAGUCUUCACUAAAGUUAAUGCUCCAAAUCCUUAUUUCAAUAACUCAGUGGCAUACUGAGAGCUGACCUAGUGAUGCCAUGUGAACUCCUGCAGUGCUUGGUCCCAUGCUGUUGAAGGAAAAGGAAAUAUUACCACUGCUUUGCAAUGGGAAUGGCAUCGAGAUGGCAGACUGUGCAGAGAGAUAGUGGACAAAUAAUUGGAAGGAAGGGGGCAAACUUUUUCCGUGGUUUUCCCCUGUCAGGAGUAGACCGGCACAGGGAUAAGUGACAGUCUUGGAGCCUCUGAUAAGAUACUGUACACCUUAAAUACUAAAAGGGAAUGGAAAAUACUAGCCACAGUCUAAUCUCACUAACGUGUUUUUGUUUGUAUCCAUCCAGUGCACCCUAUUAUCAGAUAAUUUUGCAUCUAGAGGAUAUAAGUCUCUCACAAGGUCACAUUUUCUUUGUAUUGACCAAAAUACAACUUUGUUAGCAAUUGAAUUCACUGUCAAACCUGUGUUUUAAUAAACUAGAUUUACUAGUGGCUGAA